ACAUCAAUAGCAUGUCAACAGCCAAAUAAUUAUACAACUAGUUUCAUUUGUCUUAAGCGAUAUUCUAAUUAACAUGAUUGAUACUUGAUAGUUGAAAAUGGUAAUGUUGGGGUUGUUGACAAUGAUUCAAUCAGAUGCUUUAAAUUAUUUAAUCUAACACGUUAUAUGAUCAUCUAUUCGAAAUAUUGAUAAGAACACAAAGAAUCGGAUUCCUUUUCGUAUUUAGAAAUUUAAUAAGAACAAAAAGAAUCGGAUUCCUUUUCGUAUUAAAAGAAAUACACACAUUUGACAGUCAUUCUGCCGGUAUACUCCAAAAUAGUGUAACCAUGUCCGAGCUAUUUUGCAGGCCUAGGCUAAGAUUAAAAUACGAGUUUUUUAUUUUUCUAAUGGAAUAUUACAAGGUAUAUACCGAGACUUGGUUCAUGAGAAUUAAAAUUAGAACGUGAUAACCGAUAAGUAUAGGUGACGCACACCUGCACGUAGUUAGCGAUUAGGCCAGCUCAUUAUAGAUGUCUUGCAUGCUUUUCUCUAUUUAGUUCUUCAGUUAGCAAACAUAAGAAUUAUUUGUAGAGGAGUUCGGAGAUAUGGAUACUGAAGAAGAGAAACAAAGAUUGAAAGGGCAAGUAGAAAUAUGGGAGCACAUGUUUGCGUUUGUCGAUUCAAUGGCAUUGAAAUGUGCUGUUGAACUUGGUAUUCCCGAUAUCAUAAACUCUCAUGGUCAUCCCAUCACAAUAUCAGAGAUUAUCAACAACUUACCAGCAACCACAUCAUCAUCAUCUCCAAACGUUGACUAUCUUACCCGUGUUCUGAGAUUAUUGGUUCGCAAGCGCAUAUUUUCUUCACAAAUUGAUCAAGAAACCGAUCAAAUUUAUUAUGAUUUAACUCCAUCGUCCAAAUGGUUGUUGAGAGAUUCUAAAUUUAGUUUAGCACCAUUUGUCUUGGCGCAACUUGAUCCACCGCUACAGAAACCAUGGCAAUACAUGGGAAAAUGCGUGGAAGAAGGUGGUUUCGCUUUUGAAAAGGCUCAUGGAGUUGAGAUUUGGGAUUUUUCUCUAGCUAAUCCACAAUUUAACAACCUUUUUAAUGAUGCAAUGAGAUGUACAACCGAGAUAAUAAUCAACGCGGUGUUGGUUAAGUACAAAGAUGGAUUCAAUGGUAUCGAGUCCUUGGUUGAUGUUGGUGGUGGGACUGGGAUGAUGAUCACCGAGAUUGUUAAGGAGUAUCCACAUAUUAAAGGUAUCAAUUUUGAUCUACCUCAUGUGGUUUCUACAGCACCUGAACAGCAAGGAGUUGAGCAUAUUGGCGGUGAUAUGUUUGUUCAUAUUCCCGAGGCUGAUGCUGUUAUCAUGAAGUGGAUAAUGCAUGAUUGGGGUGACGAAGACUGUGUAAAAAUCUUGAGAAAUUGUUGCAAGGCAAUAGCAAAGAAGAAGAAUGGAAAAGUUGUUAUUGUUGAUUGUGUACUUCGACCAGAUGGAGAUGGCUCAUUCGAUAACACUGGAUUAGCAUUUGAUCUACUGAUGAUAGCACACGCUUCAGGGGGAAAAGAAAGAACUGAAGUCGAAUGGAGGAUGUUAUUGAACAAUGCAGGCUUCCCUCGCUGCAAUAUAAUUCAAAUUCCAGCAUUUCCUUCCAUCAUUGAGGCCUUUCCAGAAUGACUAUGAAGGAGUUAUAUUAAAAUCAGUGAUUGGUUAAUUUGAUGUAAUAUUUCUGCUUGACAAAUUUGUUGUGUUUGUAUUCUUGCGAUCUCUCUAUCUCUGAUGAGUUCCUCCAAACAUUUGUUAUCAGAGCUCAGUGCAUGCAAAAUAUUUUCUUGCUAAUGUUAUUCCCGUUUAAGUAGAAA